CCUCCUCUCUCAACUCAUCAUCAUCAUCAUCAUCAACAACAACAACAACAGCAACAGCAACAGCAACAGCAACAGCAACAGCAACAGCAGCAACAACAGCAGCAACAACAGCAAGAACCCACUUCAAAUCGAUCCGUUUCGGGUCUCCAAAUCUCUCCAGAACAGCCCAAGAAAGCCCCACCUAAGAGGACUUCAACCAAAGACCGACACACCAAAGUCGACGGACGUGGCCGCAGGAUCCGCAUGCCAGCUCUUUGUGCCGCUAGGGUUUUUCAGCUCACUCGUGAACUUGGUCAUAAAUCUGACGGCGAGACCAUUGAGUGGCUUCUACAGCAGGCUGAGCCCGCCGUUAUCGCCGCCACUGGAACCGGCACAAUCCCCGCCAACUUCACCUCCCUCAACAUCUCUCUCCGCAGCUCCGGCUCCACCAUGUCCCUUCCUUCUCAAAUCCGCUCUUCCCCUUACGCCUCCAACUUCCCCUCUUCCUUACGCGGCAGCAGAGCCCUCUUCCCUGACAACCCCGCCGCCACGACGUCGUUUCUGAACUUUCAGUCGUCGGCCAAUCUGAAUGCCGUGUUGCAAGCCAAGCAGGAGAGUUCCCUAGACCUGUCGGAGACUGAGGAGAGCUUGGUCAAGAAGAGGAGACCGGAGCAGGAGUUGUCCUCGUCGCAGCAUCAAAUGGGAAGCUACUUGUUCCAGUCGAGCGCCGGGGCGAUUCCCGCCAGCCACGCGCAAAUCCCGGCGAAUUUUUGGAUGCUGACUAAUUCUAGUAAUAGUCAAGUGAUGAGCGGGGAUCCCAUAUGGACGUUUCCUCCCGUUAACAACAGUGGGUUGUAUAGGGGAACCGUGUCCAGUGGCUUACAUUUCAUGAACUUCCCAGCAGCUCCCAUGGCGUUAUUGCCCGGCCAGCAACUGGGUGGAAGCGGGAGCAGUGGAGGUGGUGGUGUGAGCGAAAGCCACUUCAACAUGCUCGCCGGCUUGAAUCCUUACCGGACAGUCUCAGGUGCCGGCGUUGAGGAAUCACAGGCAAGUGGGUCCCGUGGAGCAGGAGAUGAUCGGCAUGAUACAACCAGUACUACUCAUAACUGAUGAUGACGAUGACGAUAUUCAUCCAUUCACUUGUGUAGUUUGAUGUGUAACACACGUGAGGUUUGAUUGAAAUUUGAGUUUUUUUUUUUUUUUUCUCUGAUUCCAAUUUUUUUGGGUGUGAUUAAUAUGGGGUUAUUAAUUUAGGGUUUGAGAGCUGAGACAAAGAGAAGGAUGACACUAUAUUUUUAACAUCGUUUGCCUAAACUUCUCAUCUGGGUUCUUCAUUUUCUUUUUUUCUUGGGUUUUUUAAUUUACUGCUACAAUAUAUCUCAUGAUCACAUCAUUGUUUGUGCAAAUUUUUUCUUCCCCUAAAAAAAUACAAAGCACUACUAUUGUGAAAUUUGUGCUUAUAGAUUUGUAAUAUUGCAGCGCAAAUUGACUAUUCUACAUAUAUAUAUAUAUAGAGAGAUAUGUAUUGAUGGCAUGGCA